UCCGCUCUUCGAAGUUCCACUUCCACAGCUAUACCGCCUCCCGCUCUCUUCUCAUCCCUCCCUUUGCGCCUCUGUCUCUCGUGCUUCUUCUCCACUCUCAAUUACUGAAUUCGAAUCUCCGCACCUCUGCCUCUCGUUAUUCGCCGUCGAGCACCUCAGAUAUCAACCAAGGGAUUUGGCUCUAGGUUCAAAUUAUUUGGAGGUCCCCGUCAUUAACAAUGCAUCGAAUUUGCAUGCAUAGUUGGGUUAUUCUGUUUUACAUCAUCCACAUCAUGAUCAAGGUCCCGACCCUCUGCUUUGGGAAUGUGGAUGAGAACAAAAUUUUGAGAGCUGGGCAAGAGCUCUGGAGAGAGAGCCUGCCUUUAAAUGGUGGCUCCCGGCUUUAUCAACUACAAGAUCUGAAGCCCCAAACGUGGUAUGAAGUGAAGAUAUCAUAUCCUGCUUCUAUACCUGCCAGCUUUGCCAUACAACUGGAGAAAGAGAUGGUGCUGGGUAAUAACAGAAGAUUACUCAACACAGAAAAGCUAAUUUUCAAGACCGAGAGCAAUCUGGAUAAAACGCGCGUCUUGGUAACUGUGGAGCCAGAGGGGUUUGUUGCCAUACCGCAUGUACGUGAGAGGCCAUUCAUUAUCUUCAAUAUAGUUUGCGAUGAGCUAUUAUUGGGCAUACCCCAACAAGCCUGGUGGGUCGUAGUAUUGGCAAUGCUGUGUCUGGGAAUUGCAUUCUUUAUUCCUUUUUUCCAUCCACCGUAUCUGUUCCCAAAGAAUCAAAAUGUAGGUUCCACCGAUGGCAUUUCAAAAACUUCUUGACAAGCUGUCGAAGAAGCAAGUGACCGUUGGAUUCUUCACUUCCAAUGCAGCGAAGUACCCUCUCGCGACAUUAAAAAUUAUAAUUUGUGAAUUUCACCCAGUAGCAAACGAUGAAACUGUUGUAAUUAAACAAAAUUGUUAUCGCUUUCCUUUGAUUUGCUUGCGAUUAUAUGUAUAGGCGUGUUAUUUUAGAUAAUUUUAUCAUUUUAUGGUAUCAGGUC